CCCCCAACCCCACCACCACCUACCCCCCCCCCCCUCAUCCUCUCUUGCACACUCUCACACAACCUACAACCAACAACUCAACUCAUCACCACCACCACCACCACCACACUACUCGACGCCUCUUCGCUCCACCCAAAUUCGCCUCGCGUCGAUCUCUCUCCACCCACCACCACCCAGCCGGCUGUAACCGCUCAUCGCCAAAACGCCUGCCAUUUCCAACCCCCCCACUACAAAAGCACCACCCACCCACCCAACCGGCACCUAAUCCAUCCCCCAAAUACUCGGGCUGGCUCCACAGUUGUCGCUCCACUCCCAUCCCAUCACUGCUUGUGCAGUUCAAAUCCAAACCCCGUAGCACCCCACACAUCCUUUGGCCGUCUACCCAACCCACACAACCCACUCAACACCCGCCCCCCUCCCACCGCCCCCGGCAGUCUUCCUCCUCACUCGUCAUAUCUUGGCCCCGGCUCUUCGCCUCCCUCGCAUUGACGCACACUUCCUCUCCCACUUUACCGCCUUUUCGUCCCGCACGCGCUGUACCUCGUUCUCGUUUGCAGAUUAGCGUGCAUAAAACAUUCGACUUGGCGCGCCACCAACCCCGACACUGAUCAUACAAGUGAAUUCAAGUGAACAAUCGCCUACUUGUCGCUUGUUCCCACCACCUCGACUACUCUUUGUCUUUCAACGUUACAUUGGGAAAUUGACUAGUUUUCUCGCCGUCCCUCCGCACCCAUUGCCACCGUUCUUCCAGCACGACCUCCACCCCACCGCAACAUGUCUGCUGCUUCCACCUCUGUGCCUGCCGCCAGGCCAAACCCCCCUUCCCCCGCCUCGUCGCGCAAGGCCGCCAAGGCCUCCGCUUCGUCUUCGGCCGCGUCGUCAAGACCAUCUCAGCGCGCUGCCGACCCCUACUAUGGCCAUGAGGAGACAUCGGUGCUGUGCGCCCGUUUCAUCACGGCUCUCUUCCAGUGCCCCAACAUUCCCCCCGCUGCCCAGCCCGGUGGCCCCACCCCUACUCUGGCGCACUUUGUCGCCUACGCAUUGCACAGGACACGACUUCCUUCGGUCGUCACCUUUGCUGCGCUCCUCUUGUUGCAGAGACUGAAGACUCGCUUCCCCGCCGCCCGGGGAUCGUCGGGACACCGCCUCUUCAUCUCGGCCUUCAUGAUCGCCUCAAAAGUCAUCUGCGAUGACACUUACUCGAACCAGUCGUGGUGCAUCGUGGGACAAAAGAUGUUCGCCCUCAAGGAGAUCAACCAGAUGGAGCGCGAAAUGUGCGGCUACCUCGAAUGGAACCUGAACGUCGCUGGCGACGAGCUUGCCGAGUUUGAGGCCCGCACCCGUGCGGAGCAUGGCCCUCGCGCCGUCGCCCGUGCCUCGAGCGCCGUCUCGUCCGAGGUCUCGCUCGCGGCCUCUUCUCCCGCCGAGACCCUCGCCAACGUUUACCCCUCACCCGAGACGACGCCCGACCCCUCGUCGUCGUCGUCCCGCCCCAUCCGCCCGGUGCCUGCUCUCCACAAGCGGGCACCGACGACAUUUCCGAGCCCAGCUUCCAUGCGCAACGCCUACCUCACCCCCUCGAGCAACGUCUCGCCCCAGCCCCCAGCACUGGCCUCGGCAUCCUCCAGCCUAGCCUCGUCGCCUGCCUCUGAAGAUUGCAAGACGCCUUCCCCGAUCGCCUCUGUCAACAAGCCCAAGCGACCUAUCUCGUCGCGAACGCUUAGCGGCAAGACGGUGGCCGACAUUGAGCAGCGCUUUGGUCCUUUGAGUCAGCCGCCUUGUGGCGUGCCUCUGAGCGUUGGCGGCUGGUAGAUUCCAUCAUACCCCCACUCGCAUCACACACACACACAUUUACUUGUACAGUUGUAUACAUCAUCCACCAACAACCACUACACCUUACUGUCCAUCAUGUUCAUUUUCAUUCUUGCAUAGCACUCGUCCCUAUAGCUGGUCCAUAACAGCCACCUUUUCUAAUGAAAAUGUCUGCCUUGACG